AUCUUGUUUGAGCCGCACCUCGCUCGAGCUCGAGAAUAAAUUAAAGCAGAAUGACUUGUCAGAUUUCUCAAUCCCAAUAAUCCUUGUAUCUUUUAGGGCUUGCAAUAUCUAUCUUUCACAUAGUGGAUCACAUAUAGCAACCCUCCACGUGAGUGGUCCACAAACGAUCACAGUCUCGCGAUGUCAACCGAUCCCCCAUGCUGACUCAUCUGCACCAUCUCCCCCCUAUUUUCUCCAGGAUAUCAGAUCACGAGGGGACGGGAAGAAGCCACUAUCACAGGCAUUGUCUCAGCAAUCAAUCACGCUUGAGUUACGCUACAACCUCUAGACCAAAACAAGGCAUAUCUGACUUCACCCCAGACACAUCUCACCACUCACAGCAUCUCGUUAGAGCUCACAACAGCAUAAAAAACACGUGAAUUACUAAAACAAGCAUACCCAGCCCUUUCAGGCAGGAAAUCCAAGAAUAAUGCGCCAAAAAGAAGACCACGCUUUCCCUGAAACAGCAACAUACCCUCCAGAAGCAGUAAGAAACCGCCCAGAUCGAGUAAGAGGUUCUGUGGCCCCUCUCACGCAUCACACCCAUCACCCAGACCACCUGCACGUACCACCCCGUCCUGGCGAUCCACCAGAGGCGCGACGCACCGCAGAAGCCCAGGCACACCCGCCCGUCCCGCAGAACGGCCGGCCAGGAGCGCACUGUGACUGGCAUAUGCAACAAUGGCCGCACACACCAAUCCGGGAGCUACUGCACUCAGCGCCUCUGCAGCGCAGCGCCCGCCGCCGUGGAACCACGCAAUCAUCCCAGCGUCCAAUCAUAAGUCAUAACGGUCGUAGCCUGCGUGUGGAAUACGCGCGCUGUAAAGCAGCAGUGUGGGGAAGCGACCCAUUAGCCGCCCACCACCAACGACAUGUCCUGCUUGCAAGGAAAUAAGAUAUGUACAUGAAGGAAGUAAAUAGAGGAGAAGAAGCGACGAUGACAAUAAACUUCCACUUUUGGAAAUGGGUAUUUUUGGCGGACAGGCAGAAAUGCUUAGUAUUCUGGCGAUGGGUA